AUGCCGCACAUUGACGAAAGUGUGACUACGGAGGCGAAGGAGCUCUGGCGUCCUUCGUCUCCCGAGACAACGCAGAUCCACGACUUCAUGACCAAGGUAAACAACAAGUACGGUCAGUCAUUAAGCGAUUAUAAUGCUCUGUGGGAAUGGAGUGUCUCGCAGCCAGCCCAGUUCUGGGAGGAGAUCUGGCACUAUACACACAUCAAGGCCCACCAGCCGUACAAGCAAGUUCUCGAGUCUGACAAGGUGAUGUUUCCACGUCCGCCAUUCUUCCAAGGCAGCACUCUGAACUUUGCCGAGAAUCUCCUGUACCCGGCCAAUGCGCCAGAUGAGAAUGCUAUUGCAGUGAUCGGGGUCACAGAAGCGGACCGCGAGUUCAUCUCAUGGAAGGAGUUGCGAGAACGCGUGCGAAAAUCUGCCAAUGCCCUGAAGGAGGCUGGUCUCCAGGCUGGCGAUCGCGUAGCGGGCUUUGUCGGCAACCAUGCCAAUGCUGUCGUGGCGAUGCUGGCUGCAGCCUUCGAUCGGCGCCUACUGGACGGAUCGAACCAAAAAUCCUCUUUGCAGACAGCGCUUCGCUCUACAACGGCAAAGUCGCAUGGCUCCCACGCCAAGGUGCGUGAGAUUGUUUCGGAGCUCUCUCACCUGCAGUACUUGGUGGUGUUUGAAACUGCCAAGCCUCUUGACUUUGAUUUUGAUCAGGUUCGUCCAAAAAAUGGGAAAGCAGUCGCCUAUGCUGAAUUCCAGGCCGCCGUUCGUGAUGAAGCCGCACCUUUGGAAUUUGCAAGUUUGGGACCUGACCACCCGGUGUAUAUUCUCUACUCGUCGGGUACAACGGGAGCACCGAAGCCUAUCGUGCAUGGGUCUUUGGGUACGUUGCUGCAACACAAGAAGGAGCAUUUGCUUCACUGCGAGAUCCGGCCUGGUGAUCGGUUAUUCUACUUCACAACGGUUACCUGGAUGAUGUGGCACUGGCUUGUUUCCGGACUAGCGAGCGGUGCUACAAUCAUCUUGUACGAUGGUUCGCCAUUUCGACCAUUUGAUGCCGAAGGCGGAAAGGGGGAGAUGGCGAUGCCACGACUAAUUGAGGAGCUGCAAAUUACUCACUUUGGUACCUCGGCGAAGUAUCUCUCCAUGCUGGAGCAAGCGGCCUUGAACCCGCGCAAGCAUUUGCACCGGCCAGUUUCUCUCAAUACUUUAAAGGCCAUUUUCAGCACCGGCUCCCCGCUGGCUCCCUCGACAUUUGAGUAUAUCUACAACUCUAUUCACCCCGACAUCAUGUUGGGUUCAAUUACUGGCGGAACGGAUAUUUUGUCUUUGUUCUGCUCCGGGUGCCCAGUACUGCCUGUUUACAAGGGUGAGAUUCAAUGUCGCUCUCUGGGAAUGGCUGUUUCGGUGUUCAACUAUGCCGGGAAAGAUAUCAGUGCUUCCGGAGAACCCGGAGAUCUUGUCUGUACAGCCCCGUUCCCCGCACAGCCAGUCAUGUUCUGGCCUCCCGGCCCGGAAGGUCUGGAGAAAUAUUGCAAGAGCUACUUUGACAUGUUCGGCCCAUCAAUCUGGCAUCACGGAGACUUCGUACGCCUGAACCCGCAAACUGGCGGUGUGAUCAUGUUGGGCCGCAGCGACGGCGUUCUCAAACCAUCCGGUGUCCGUUUCGGCAGUGCUGAGAUUUACAACGUGCUGCUCAAACACUUUGCCGAUGAAGUUGAAGAUUCUUUGUGUGUUGGCCGCCGGCGCGAAGGCGUCGAUUCUGAUGAGACUGUCGUCCUGUUUGUGAAGCUUGUUCCUGGUUGCCCUUCGAACAUAUCCGACCUUGCGGCUCGUAUCCAGGCUAUCAUUCGCAAGGAGCUCAGCCCCCGUCAUGUUCCUGGAAUUAUCGAUGCCUGUCCAGAGAUUCCGGUGACAUCCAAUGGCAAGAAAGUGGAGAAUGCAGUCAAGCAGAUCCUGUGUGGGCUCAACAUUAAGAUCGGUACGAGUGUUGCUAAUGCUUCUUGUCUCGAUUGGUAUCGCAACUGGGCUUCUGAGCACUCGUGA